UUUCGUCGAUUAGAAACAUUCAGGAGUCGAUGCGUCUAAAAGCUAAAAAGCAAGGACUAAUCGGCAAAACGCGGCUAAUCUCUCGGCGACCGGAUAAAUACCCUUUAGACCGCGUACGGCUUCUGCAGCAUCGGAAGAAAGUUCUCUUCCUUUCAGCGGUUUUUCCAUUCCUCUCUCGGAGAUCUAGGGAUUUAGGGUUUCUUUUUUCUUCUAUAUCCGAGAUGGACGCCAUCGAUUCAGUCAUCGAUCCCCUUCGAGACUUCGCAAAGGACAGCCUCCGCCUCGUCAAGAGAUGCCACAAGCCCGAUCGCAAAGAAUUCACGAAGGUGGCGAUCCGGACGGCGAUUGGCUUCGUCGUGAUGGGAUUCGUUGGGUUUUUCGUGAAGCUCAUCUUCAUCCCGAUCAACAAUAUCAUCGUUGGAUCCGGUUAGGUAAAGAUCUGAAAUUGCAGUUGUCUCUCAUCUGUUGGGAUAAACAUGCAUGCAUGCGAGGAAUUCC